CAAGUCGACGGCCCGGGCCUGUAUUAUGGCCCCCUCCUGACCACGUCCUCUGUCGCCCCUAACGGCCCUUCGGACAGGACAAUUUCUUUUUUCCGGUUUCUUGGGGGUCGGCAUCGAAUCACACCCGGGGGAGCUCCUCGCACUGGAAUCACACCCGGGGGAGCUCCUCGCACUGGAAUCACACCCGGGGGAGCUCCUCGCACUGGAAUCACACCCGGGGGAGCUCCUCGCACUGGAAUCACGCCCGGGGGAGCUCCUCGCACUGGAAUCACACCCGGGGGAGCUCCUCGCACUGGAAUCACGCCCGGGGGAGCUCCUCGCACUGGAAUCACGCCCGGGGAGCUCCUCGCACUGGAAUCACGCCCGGGGGAGCUCCUCGCAGGGAACACGCCCGGGGGGGUAAAAGCCCCUCCUCGCACUGGAAUCACACCCCGGGGGGAGCCCUCGCACGGGAAUCACACCCGGGGGAGCCCCCUCGCCUGGUCAAGCCCGGGGGAGUCCUCCCUGGAAUCACACCGGGGAGCUCCCCACUGGAAUCCACCCGGGGGAGCUCCUCGCACGGAAUCACCCCCGGGGAGCCCUCGCACGGAAUCACCCCCGGGGGGACUCCUCGCACGGGGAAUCAACACCGGGGGAGUCCCGCACUGGAAUCAAAACCCGGGGGAUCCUCGAAUGGAACACACCAGGGAGCCCCUCGACUGA